AUGGGAUUUCCAGCUACUAGAGGAUAUGAAAAAUAUCUAGGCCUCCUUGCCCUUGUUGGUCAUUGUAAGUUGAAGGCUUUUGUUAAAAUAAAGGGUAGAGUGCAAAAAAUUUUGGAUGGUUGGAAGGAGCGGUUCUUAUCAAAAGGGGGAAAGGAGAUAUUAAUUAAGACGAUCAUUCAAGCUAUUCCCACUUAUAGUAUGAGCAUUUUUUUGUUGCCUAAACAAUUAUGCUCUACUUUAAAUGGUUUGAUUAAUCGUUUUUUGUGCGGUCAUCAACAUAACAACCAUCGGACAGCUUGGGUGGGGUGGGAAAAACUGGACAAGUCAAAGAAAAGUGGAGGAUUGUGGUUCCGGAACUUGGAGGUGUUUAAUGUGGCCCUUCUUGCAAUUUGCAAAGCAGGGGUGGAGAUUGUUAAGGGACCCAAAUUCUUUGGUGGCUCAAAUUCUUCGCGAAAAGUACUUCCCGAACGGUUCUUUUUGACUGCUCAAUUAGGCCGAGCCCCUUCACUGGCCUGGAGAAGCAUUCAUUCAGCCAGGGGUGUUCAUGAAAGGGGAUUACGUCGGAGAGUGGGGAACGGAAAAAGUAUUCACAUAUGGGGUGAUAAAUGGCUGCCAUCCUCUCAUAAUUUCCAGGUACAAUCUCCAGUGAACAUUCUAAAUCCGAAUGCUCGAGUUUGCUCAUUAAUUAAUCGGGAAACCAGAUGGUGGGAUGUCCCUCUUAUUCGGAUGAUUUUCUCUCUGGAGGAGGCCGAAGCAAUUUGUGGAAUGCCCCUUAGUUUUUUACGAAAGCUUGAUUUUUUUAUCUGGAAUGGGACAAAACAUGGAAGUUUCACUAUAUUGAUUUUCAGAGAGGGAGAUGUGCGAGAAAAGUUUGGAGAGAAGAAAGAGUUGAAAGCUCUGGAAUUAUUAUUAAACUCAGUAAAGUACAUACUGAAUUACAACUGA